AUGUUCUCUCAACUCUUCGUCGCAGUCUACCUCGCGCUCUUCACGGCAGCAACUCCACUGACCGUUCGCAAGAACUCGGUGACAGUGUCGCUUGCCCGUCGCAUCAACGUGAUCGGGUCCAAGACGUUUGUGGAGCUCGACAAAGCGAGAGCAAAGUCCCUCAUGCGAAGUGCCACACAGAAGGGCCACAAGUUAGCAUCUUCCGGCGCUGGCGUUUCUUUUCCGGCCACGAAUGUGGCGGCGACCACUUAUUUCGCGACGGUUCAAGUCGGUUAUCCCCCAACUCCUUUUAGCCUUAUUGUGGACACCGGCAGUUCCAACACUUGGGUUGGCGCCGACCCUUCUAAUCCUUACAUCCCGACAUCUACCUCUUACGAUACAGGCGAGCCAAUGUCUCAAACAUACGGCAGUGGUGGCGUCAAUGGCACAGAGUUCAUUGACCAAGUGAGCCUCGCCGAAGGCUUGACGAUCGCACAAUCUAUCGGUGUUGCCAACGCUUCCAUUGGCUUUAACGGGACAGACGGCAUCUUAGGUAUUGGACCAACAGAUCUUACCGCAGGUUCGCUUUCACAUACAUCUAUUUUGACCGCUUGUUUAUACGGUACAGGUUCCGUCGGGAACGGCGGACCAGUGCCUACGGUCUUGGACAAUGCGUUUGCUCAGGGUCUCAUCGACGAAAAGCUGCUAAGCGUUUCCUUUGAGCCGACGAAUAACGUGUCAGAAACGAACGGAGAGAUCACCUUCGGUGACAUCGACCGGAGCAAGUUUAUUGGUGACAUUCACUUUGUAGAUAUGACUACCACCUCUCCCUCCAGCAAUUUUUAUGGUGUCAACCAGACCGUCCAUUACGGGAGCACACCUAUCCUCAAUAAUAACGCUGGUGUCAUAGACACUGGUACCACCCUUCUCCUUCUGGCUACCGAGGCCUUCGAUGCGUACCAGCAGCUCACGGGUGCGGUGAUGGAUGAGAACCUAGGCCUACUGAGCAUCACCCCUGAGCAACUCGAGAACUUGCAGAGCUUAUACCUUAACGUCGGCGGC